AUGAAAAAUUUGUUCAAGCUCAUUUUAAAAGGUACUGUUGUUGAGAAAAUUCCUUCAUCAAUUGAAGGUGGUUGGCCUCGCUGUAGAGGGUAUGUACAGUCACAAAAGUCUCUCGGGUCAAAUACUCAUGCAAAGAUCCUCAAAACUUGUCAAGCUGCCAGGGGAGGUGGAGUGUUUAGAGGAGCUUGA